UUGUUGACUCUUCCAGCCUUCUCUGUCAUCACCAGCAUAUCUAAACCUUUCAACUUGGUCCAUUAACAGCACAUCCAAACAUUUCUCACCUUGUCCACCACCAGCAAAUGGAAACCUUUCCUGCCUUUCUCCAUCCCCAGAGGCUGAGGGCACAGCCGCAGUGGGUUUGUCCUUGCUGAGGUCAGAUCUCCACUCAAAAGCUCUCAGCUUUGCAGGGCAACUGCUGACUUCCGGGUCCCCAGUGCUCCCAGCAUUCCCCGCGGCAAGCAGCGUCAGAAAGGCAGUUGUUUCACCGUUCUAGAAGCUCCGGCCUCAGCCCCACUCCGGCUGUCGAGGUCCUGGCUGCGCAUACUUCCCGUCAUGUCUGCUGCUGAUGAGCGAGACCCGGCCCAAGGAGGACAAGGUGGAGCUGAUGAACAUGCAAACCUGGACCUCAAAGCCAUCUUUGAUGUCCUGGUGCCUGUGGUGUGGUCACUUGUGAUGGUGGGAGUCAUGGGCCUUAUUGCUUUUCGUGGGAUUAUCCGAUACCUUGAGAAAGAGGAGGUCCAAGAGGAGGCCCAAACCACCUUCCCCACGGGCUGCGAUAUAGAUUCGGAGGAAGACGAGGAUGAAGAGGAAAGUGAGGAGUCAGAAGCAGCAGGUUUUUCAGAGUGUAGGAUACUGCGUGCUGAAACUGAGCAUACAUUGGGGUAUUUUACCAAUGACAUCACAGCACCAAAGUCUCUAUCUUUACUUGCUAAGGAAGCAUUGCUAUGUUAUUAUGACUCUGAAUAUGAAGCAGACCAAAGUGAGGAGGAAGAAGAAGAGGAAGAGGAAAAAACUGAAGAACCAGGAGAAAAAAAAUACCUGUAGUGACAGAGGGAAGCCUUUCUUAGGAAUUGAGUUGGAAAGCAAAGAAUGAAAUGGAUGCAGAAAGAAAUAAUGAAUUUGUUCUUCAUGAGUUGUGUAGUUUUCAGUGGCCCAGAAUUCUAAUUUUGUU